AUGACACAGCUCGCGACACCAUACCCCGCUCGGUCGAUGGCUGAGUGCGACGCGAUCCUCACUGCCCCCGGGGCGGUAGGUGAGCUGGACGAGGUGAUGAUCAACGGGGUCAAGCAGCGAGUUUGGAAGCAUCAACCGACCAACUGCCGUGCGGCGCUCGAGGCUGGGUUCCGCAAAUAUUCGGAGCGGGUCAUGUACGUCUCGCCGCUGCCCGAGUCGCGCGACUAUGAGGAGGUCACGUAUGCCGAGCAGCGUCGGCGCGUCGUUCACAUGGCGGCGUGGUUGCGUAAACAGGGGAUUCGCCAGGGCGACAAGGUCGCGGUUGGAGGGGACAAUAGCUCGCGAUUCCUCGUGGUCCCUUGGGCCGCGCAUUACCUCGGCGCAGUGCCCGUGUUCAUCAACUCUACUCUGCACAAUGACGCGACGGUACACUGUCUCGGUCUGACGCGGCCUGAUGUCGUUGUUGGCGAUGCGGAUUUCAUCGCCUCCAUUGUGCCAAUUCUUGGACGGCUCAAGGAGAAGGGCGUUGGGCCUGUUUACUCCUACGACCCAGUUGAUCAUCUUCCUCAAGAAGUACAGGCCAAGAUCACCUACCUCCCAGAGUAUCAGCCUAGCACGUCUGAGCUGCACCAGAUCGAGAGCGGCGAGGGUCUGGGCUUGGAGGCCAUGCACGCCGAGUCGGAGGGACAUAUCUUCUUCACGUCGGGUACUUCGGGUAUGCCCAAGGCUGUUCUUUCUAGCCAGCGCGGCGCAUUGCACAACCACGUCUCGGGCACGUUUGCCGGUCUCCGUGCUGCGCUUCGCGCUGGAGCGAGCUAUGAGCAAGCCACGGCACCGGCGGCGACACAGGCGACCAUGCUUAUCCCCGCCCCACUGUUCCACGUAACGGGCUGCAUCUCAUGGACGACGCGGCAGAUGACCAACGGCGCCCGCAUUGUGUGGAUGAAGCGCUGGAGCGUCCCCGAAGCUCUUCGCCUCAUUGAAAAGUACGAUGUUUCAGUGCUUGGAGGCGUGCCGGCCACCACCAAGGCGAUUUUCCAGUCGCCCAACCUCCCCAAACAAAGGAUGUUCACGGCCAUUUCGACUGGCGGUGCGCCGGUGCAAGCCGGCCUUGUGUCCGACUUGACCAAGCGUUUCCCGGGUAUUUCAUGCUCCAACGGCUGGGGUCUCACCGAAACCAACGGGCUGCACAACGCCCUCACGGGCCGCGAUUACCUCGAGAAUCCCGAGAGCUGUGGACCAGUCAUCCCGAUCUGUGAGGUCAAGAUUAUCGAUCCGGACACUGGCGCCGAGUGCGCGACUGACGAGAUGGGCAUCAUCUGGGGCCGCGGGUCCAACGUCAUGACGUGCUACUACAACGACCCAGAGGCGACGCGUAAGGCCAUGACGCCGGAUGGGUGGUUCAACACUGGCGAUAUGGGGAGCGUCGAUGCCGCCGGGUACCUGUACGUCCGCGACCGGGCCAAGGACAUCAUCAUCCGUGGUGGGGAGAACAUUGCCUCUGCCGAAGUCGAGAACGCGCUCGCCCGCCUCCCCGAGACGUCCGAGGUUGCUGCUGUUGCCGUUCCUGAUCCCGUGCUCGGCGAGCUCGUUGGGUGUGCCGUGUCUCUCGCACCAGGCAAGUUCCUCACUCCCCAGAUGGUGCUUGAUCGCGUUGCGCCCAUGCUUCGGUAUGCUGCCCAGCCGGUCUUCUGCCACAUCUAUGAGGGAGAUCUGCCGCGGAAUGCCAAUGGCAAGAUUAAGAAGGACGUCGUUAAGAAGACUUGUGCCGAGUUGUGGGUUAAGAAGACGGGCGGUAAGCGGUGGGUCCGCAACAAGGCCAAGCUGUAG